AUGGACCCCGAAGCCUCUUUCGAAAGGUCCUACCCUGAGCUGGGUGCUCUGCGUCUGCACUUCGACGUGCUGGACUCCACCCAGCUGUACUGCAAACGGAACAUGGCGCGUCUGCUACAAAAUGGGAUUUUACAAGACGAAAAAAACAUAAUCGUGGUGACUUGCAACGAACAGACAAAUGGGAUCGGGACGAGAGACACGAAGAAGAAGCAAGACAGAGUAUGGCUAUCGGAAAGGGGAAAUAUUUUUACAACCUUUGUUCUUCUGUGGAAGAGGGAAGACAUAGAGAAGGUCAAGUACCUAGCACAAACCUCCACCGUGGCAGUGAGCAAAACGUUGGAGCACUUCCACUUAGUAACACAGAUCAAAUGGAUCAAUGAUGUCCUCGUGAACGAAAAAAAAAUAGCCGGUUGUCUUGUUAACUUAUACUACCUAGAUGACUUCCCUUCGUUGCUGAACCGUUACGUCUGUGUGAUGAUUGGCAUAGGGAUCAACUUAACCCUAACGGAUAGGAAUAACCUCCUAGGUAACAACUACACUUCUGUGCAGAAGGAACUACAACGAGAUUUCAACAGCCUGUAUUUAAUCCCAUCAGUAGAGGAUGUCACGGAAAAGUUAAUCUACAAUUUGCAUGCAGUAUUGGUAAAACUGAGAGAGGAGGGAUUCUCUUCCUUCCUGGAUUACAUAACGCCAAGGCUUCUAUACAAAGACAGGAACGUUCUGGUCGAUACGGAUCAUGAGUUAAUUCAUGGGUGCCUCCAAGGGCUGCUCCACGACGGCUCACUCCUCCUCUUACGGGGGAAGAACGAGCUCAUCCACGUGAACACGGGGCACCUGCGUCUCUUCGACGGUCACCCGGGAUGA